AUGUCUGUGGAAGAAUUCCCUUUGGAUAAAUAUGCUCUGGAACUUUGUGUUAUCAGUCUCCUAUCUCUUGCGGGCUUUUUCAUCACAAAGUCUUUGCUAAAUUCGUUUGGGCAAGUAUUUAUCAGGGCUGGUCUGCAUGGAGUUGAUAUGAGCAAACCAAACAAACCUCUUUUGCCAGAAGCUCAAGGCGUUAUUGCAGCAACUGUGUACAUUAACUGUAUGUUUCUUUUCAUCCCGCUACCAUUUCGCCUCCACAUUCUUCAGUCCCUGCGUUGGUAUAACCCCAAAAGCAGUUUAUUCAUUUUUGCUCAACCGUCUUUGUCCGACACCGACAUUAUCGCAGAGCAAGCCGUUUUGUUUAAAACUAGACUCAUCCCAUUCCUAGCUGCUCUUCUUUCGAUUUGCUGCAUGGUUUUCCUUGGAUUCGCAGAUGAUGUCUUAAAUCUACGUUGGCGUCACAAGCUAAUAUUGCCGACUUUAUCCAGUCUCCCGCUUCUAAUGGUCCAUAUCGCAAAUCUUGGAACUACACACAUUGCCGUUCCUUUGGUUCUUCAGCGCUUUCUCGGUACUAGUGUCGAUAUAGGUUUUUUGUACUAUGUCUAUAUGGGAAUGCUUGCCGUCUUCUGCACCAAUGCAAUUAAUAUUUAUGCCGGAAUCAAUGGUUUGGAGGCUGGACAAAGUAUCGUUAUUGCUCUCUCCGUCAUCUGCUUCAAUAUAGUCGAGCUCAGUGGUUCAGAGUGGAAGGCCCACUUAUUCUCCCUCUACUUUUUGCUACCUUUCACGGGGGUCACUCUGGCCCUUUUACAGAGAAAUUGGUAUCCGGCUCAGUUGUUUGUCGGCGACACCUUCUGCUACUUUGCGGGGAUGACCUUCGCAGUGGUAUGCAUCCUUGGUCACUUCAGCAAGACCCUCAUGCUUUUCUUUAUUCCGCAAGUUUUCAACUUCAUCCUCAGUCUACCGCAGCUCUUUCGACUCAUUCCCUGUCCACGACAUCGCCUCCCAAGAUUCUGUGAAAAAAGCGGUCUGCUGUACCCGAGCACAGUCUCGUUGCACGUGAGUUCUCUCUCGCCAAUGGGACGCCUCUGCCUACGAACACUGUUGUGCGUGGGUUUCACCCACCGCAGCAGUCCAGACCCUGACUGCGUAGAUUUAGACGCAAAGGAGGAGGCUGAUUUAGGCGAGACAGUCACUAUAGACAACCUAACUCUCAUAAACCUCUUCUUACGCUUCUCUGGGCCCAUCUCCGAGGCUCGUACCACAGUCACUCUUCUUGGCAUUCAGAUAUUGUGCUCCUGCCUGGCCUUCGUGGUUCGCUAUCCCAUGGCGUUGAGUCUGUACGGCCAGCUGAAUUGA